ACCAGCUCCCGUCACCACCACGCGCCGAAAGCCCGAAAUUUCCAUCGCCUCCGUCCGUGUUGUCGCGGCGACGGCCGAUAUAUCCAUCAUUUUUUCUCCUUACCUUUCAAUCCCUCAAGAUCUCCCGCUCUCUCUCUCGUUCUUGUUCUCCUCUUCUUAAAGCCCUAACUUUGUUCUUUGUUUGUCGUGUCCUCGGCGAUGGCAGCGUCGGCGGCGACGGGGCUGGCCGGGGCCGUGAAAGAUCCGGUUGUCCAGAUGCAUGGAUUUCACGGAUUGAGGCCUUCCAGAUCGAUUCCCCGUGGCGGAUCACUGCGGGCACGGCCACUGAUGCCUUCUUCGAGCUCUCCGGGCGUUACAAGGGCCAUAUCUACGCCUGUAAAGACGGAUUCUUCUGAAGUUAAACGGAGCAAGGUUGAAAUAAUCAAGGAACAAAGUAACUUUCUUAGAUAUCCCCUGAAUGAGGAGCUGCUAACAGAGGCUCCAAAUAUAAAUGAGGCUGCUACACAGUUGAUUAAGUUUCAUGGAAGCUAUCAACAGACUAACCGAGAUGAACGUGGUCGAAGAUCUUACCAAUUUAUGCUUCGAACUAAGAACCCUUGUGGCAAAGUAUCAAACAAGCUCUAUUUGGCUAUGGACAAACUUGCAGAUGAGUUUGGCAUUGGCACUCUGCGUCUGACCACGAGACAAACAUUUCAGUUGCAUGGCAUCCUCAAAAAGAACCUCAAAACUGUAAUGAGUACCAUCAUCAGAAAUAUGGGCUCAACUCUUGGUGCUUGUGGUGAUCUGAACAGAAAUGUGCUUGCACCUGCAGCACCAUAUACCACAAAAGAGUACACUUUUGCUCAGGAGACUGCAGAGAACAUUGCUUCACUUCUGACACCUCAGUCUGGUGCAUAUUAUGAUUUAUGGGUAGAUGGAGAGAAAAUCAUGUCAGCAGAACCUCCUGAAGUAGUUAAAGCCUGUAAUGACAAUUCCCAUGGAACAAAUUUUCCUGAUUCUCCAGAGCCCAUAUAUGGCACUCAGUUCUUGCCGCGGAAGUUCAAGGUUGCAGUCACUGUGCCUAGAGACAACUCAGUUGAUAUUCUAACCAAUGACAUUGGUGUGGUAGUAGUUUCCGAUAGUGAUGGAGAACCUCAAGGGUUCAACAUAUAUGUAGGAGGUGGCAUGGGAAGAACGCACAGGGUGGAGACCACCUUCCCUCGUCUGGGUCAACCACUGGGUUAUGUCCCAAAGGAAGAUAUAUUAUAUGCUGUAAAAGCAAUUGUUGUCACACAGAGAGAACAUGGAAGAAGAGAUGACCGUAAGUAUAGUAGAAUGAAAUAUUUGGUUAAUGAAUGGGGAAUUGACAAGUUCCGGAGUGUUGUGGAGCAGUAUUAUGGGAAGAAAUUUGAGACCUUCCGAGAACUACCAGAAUGGGAAUUCAAGAGCUAUCUUGGGUGGCAUGAACAGGGUGAUGGUGCUAUGUUUUGUGGACUGCAUGUUGAUAAUGGUCGUAUUGGAGGCACAAUGAAGAAAACUUUAAGAGAGAUAAUCGAGAAGUAUAACUUGAAUGUGUGCCUUACACCAAACCAGAAUAUAAUUUUGUGCGACAUUGACCGCUCAUGGAAAGAACCCAUCACCACAGCUCUCGCCCAAGCUGGCCUGCUGGAUCCCGGGUAUGUCGAUCCUCUCAAUGUAACUGCUAUGGCAUGUCCUGCUCUACCACUCUGCCCUCUAGCAAUAACAGAAGCCGAAAGAGGAAUCCCCGACAUCCUCAAACGGGUUAGAGCUGUCCUUGAUAAGGUGGGUAUCAAGAAUGAUGAGUCAGUGGUGAUAAGAGUAACUGGGUGCCCCAAUGGGUGCGCCAGACCUUACAUGGCUGAGCUGGGAUUUGUUGGUGAUGGCCCCAAUAGUUACCAGAUCUGGCUUGGGGGAUCGCCUAACCAAACUACUCUAGCAAAGUGCUUUAUGAAUAAAGUGAAGAUCCAAGAUCUAGAAAAGGUUUUGGACCCGCUGUUCUACAACUGGAAAGUAAAACGCCUGGAAAGUGAACCAUUUGGCGUCUUCACAACCAGAACAGGAUUUGAUAAAUUGCAGGAAAUAGUAGAUAAAUGGGAAGGUAUUAAGGAGUGAACAUCAGGGUUUCAAGUUCGAACUGUUUGCAGACAGAGAGAUGGAUUAAACAAUGGAUGAGAUUGCUAAUCUACAGAAUAAAGACUUCUCACCAGUUAGCCAUGGAAGUCAUUCUUAGGUGUGUUGCUGCCUAGCAAAAUGACAAAGCCGAGUAAAUUCUCUGUUAACUCUUUUUGACAGUUAAAAAUGAGAGUUUUGUGCUUAUUUCUACAUCCUUUUUGGUGGUCACAGAUUGAGUUUUUUCUUUAAAUAUCUGGUCUGUUUUAUGUAAUACCACGAGCACAAUCUAGUUCAUGAAAGAAGACAACCUUCAGGUGGCCAAUCCUGGAACAAUGAAGUUCGAUGUUAUUGGGUGAAAUGGAUCAUGCAGUGUGUUAAUUCCGUUCUUA